GUGGCAUUGAUCGACGAAGGCGGUGGCAGGCAUGGAGGGCUACCUCUGGAAGCAAGGGCAUGUCAUAAAGAACUGGCAGCGGCGAUACUUCCGUUUGGACACGACCAGGAGCACACUCGAGUACUUCACGGACCACCUACUGACAAGGCGCAAAGGCCGCAUCAACGUCUCGCUGGCAGAUAUCAAACGCGGGGAAGAAAUCGGGUCGAUAGGUGAAGGCGUCGCGUCGGCGGCAGACUCGCGACGGUUCGUGUUCCGACUCAUGGAGCACGGGUCCAACGUAGUAGGGUUGGCUGAACGCGGUUGAGGUACUUAAUGCGGUCGUAGGCGUAUUACAUGUGCGCUGAGUUGCCGGAGGGACCUGUCGCGAGUCGGGGGUACCAAGAAGCCUGGGUCCGCGCGCUUCGAGUGUGCAGCGCCAAACCCAUCGCUGCUCUAGCGUUUGACGCCGACGCGCCGCAGCGUGAUGCGGCCAGUGACACCAGGAGCUCGGCUGCACUGAAUGAGCUUACCUUCACUGCUUGGGUUUCCAAUGGCCGAGCCAUUGGCAAGACCGAGGCGUACGAAGUGACGUGCAGGGCAAGCAUUGUCGUGGAAAAUGGGUCCGACAGCGGUGGAACCGUCGACAAAUGCACAUGCGAAUGGGUGGUGUGGAAGUCGCGGUCCGACUGGCAUGACAUGGACCGUCAACUGCGAGCCCUUGUGCCUUUGACGCACGUGGCGUUCCCAAACGAUCAUGUUGUGCCGAAUGCGCUGUCGACGCUCUUCACAACGUCGGCGUCGCGAGACCACAAAAUCCACGCCUCUGUGCAAGCGUUUGAUGGCUUCCUGCAGAAACUCUUGGCGCUCGACACUGUCGCCGACUACACCAGCAACGGGUCAAAAUUGGUGCUGGGUUUUCUAGAGUACGAUGAGUACGUGGCCAACUUGCCCCUCCCUCUACAGUUUACGCCACCCCCAUGCGGCAUCAAGUCGAGGUCGACAGUCAAGCCAGUGGCUCUGCCCCCACGCACCACAGCCACAGGGGACGUCCGCCGUGCUGACGACGAGGUGGACGCUGAUCAUGAUACUUCCCUGGACAUAAAAGCUCGUGUAGCCAAGGUCGGUCGAAAGCUGUUGGUUGACGCCAUAAGUACAUGA